AUGGCCGGCGGCGACGAGUGGAUUUACGUCCUCUCGCGCCAGGAGGAGGUGAAGGAGAGCAGCGACGGCGGGCGGGGCUCGGGGUCGCGCGCCGACGACGCAACAAGCGCGGACGAGGGCGGCGGCGCCACGACGGACGGAGAAGAGGAUGCGCGCUCGGACGGCGGGUCCUACGGAUCGACGGAGGUGAACGACUACCUGGGCUACAUCGAGGAGGAGGACGACGCGCCCGCCGUGGACGGCGGCGACGCCAUCGCGGCCGCAGAGGCGGCCUUGCGCGCCUUCGAGAUCGACGAGGCCUCUGGCGGCCGCGGGAAAGAGGUCGUCGUGGAGAACCCCUUCUACGACUGCUACGGCGGCAAGCACACGGACGCCGAGGCCUACUACGGCUACGGCUACGGCUACGGCUACGGCUACGGCUACGAAUACGGCUCGGGUUCAGGCUCCGCUUCUCGCUGCUACGGACCCGGCACCGGCUCCGGCUCCGACAGAUACGGCGGCGGCGGGCCUGGCUACGGCUACAGCGACGCAUACGGAUAUGGAUACGGCUUCGGCGGCUACUACGGCGAGCCACCGUACGCGCCGCCGGUGGUGUACCGGGCGCCGCCUGCCUACGGCCACGGCGGCGCGCCGCCGUGCCGGCCGGCCAUGCCGUACGUGUACUACCACUACUCGGCCCCCGCGCCGGCGCCCCGGUACGGGCCCGCCUACGCGCCGCCGUUGCACCACCCACCACCCUCUGCGCGCCGACGGGCCGCCGGCCGUUAUGCUCCGCCGCGCCCGGACCACUCGGCGAGUAGGUAG